AUGGCGGACUCAUGCCCCCCCUUGCCGGCCCUGCAUCUUGAUAACACGCUUGGAGCAGCGUAUAUUGGCAAUGUCCUUGCAGCCAUUCUGUACGGCUUCACUAGCAUCCAGGUCUACAUAUUCUUCGAACGUUACAAUGAUGGUCGCAUGUUACGUUCCCUAGUUAUGUUUUUGUGGGUGUUAGACACCGUGCACAUUGCCCUGAUCUGCCAUACCAUCUACUUCUAUGCCGUGACCAACUUCGCCAACCCUCUUGCAAUGCUGUACGUCACCAAAACUAUAAUGGCCCACGUUAUGAUCACAGGCGUUAGCGACGUCACGAUCAGAGGGUCCGUACUUUGCGUUGUUGUCGCUGAGCAAUCCUUGAACUCUAUCGCAGGAUCUUCGCGUAUAGAGUAUGUCAGCCAAGGCAAGCAACUCUUGGUCCCUGCCAUUCUUCUGCCGUCUCUUGUCUGCUUCGCCUGUAGCAUCGAAUUCCCCAUCAGAGGUCUCCGGAUCGGAACGUACGCAGGGUUCUCCCGCAUCUCGUGGGUCCUGUACACGGCAUUCGGCACGGGUGUUGUUGCAGACGUUACCAUUGCGGCGGCCCUGUGUUACUUCCUCACAAAGCGCCGGACAGGUUUUCGGCGAACGGACUCAAUAGUUCAGCUGAUGAUAGUAUACAGCAUUAAUACUGGUCUUUUGACGAGUCUGUGCGCUAUAUGUGUGCUUGUCGCCUAUGCAACGAUGCCAGCGAACUUCGUCUUCAUCGCCUUCUAUUUCGUGCUGCCUAAGCUGUUCAUGAACUCCCUUCUGGGUACGCUGAACGCUCGCGAGAAGCUGCGCGGUUUCGGUUCAGGGGGCGCUGUUUCCAUUCCCCUCAAUGCCGUCGUUAGCCCCAAUCGUGCAUCUGUGCAGCCUGUGAGCGGAGUCAGCGAUACGCGUUUGCUCGAGAUCCAGAUCCAGACGGCGGUAGACUCGAGAACGGACUCGACACAUAGUACUACAGAGAAGAAGUGGAGGGGGCCAUACCGCUGA